AUUACGAUCGACCUGCCAGCGACGGCUUUCUGUCGGAUGCGUGUGCGGAUCGCAAAGGCCGCGGCUCGCGACGGGUUGAUUAUCAAUAGACAACCGUCUGAGAGUAGUGAUUGUUGCGAUUUGGAAUCAUGUCUUUUUAUCUGGCGAUUGUUGGCACGAAGGAUAAUGCUGUUUACAGUCUAGACUUUGGGACGUACCGGCAAGGCGGGGAUGGAACAUCAAAGGUACAUGCGCCAACGACUUUGAGGGAGGUUGUAGGAUUUUUACUAAUUGAUUCUGGGUGAUUAGUUCUCGUCUGAUAUGCGGCAA